CGCUGUCCUCGUAUAUAUAUAUAUGCGACCAGUUGACAACCUAGUCACCUAAGGUUGCAAGCAAACAUAUAUAUCUUGAAUAUAUUGUUUGACGACGUACGUACGUGGCCUCUGAAACUCGUCUGUUGAUCAAUGGCGUCGCGGAGUGGCAUUGUGUUCGAAGAUUUCUUUCCGGCCAUGGUGGAGAAACUGGGGACGGAGGGGUUUAUGAAGGAGCUGUGCAACGGGUUUCGGUUGCUGGUGGAUGAGGAAAAGGGUGUGAUCACGUUCGAGAGCUUGAAGAGGAACUCUGCUUUGCUGGGAUUGGAAGGGAUGAGCGAUGAGGAGGUAAUGUGCAUGCUUAGAGAAGGAGAUUUGGAUGGGGAUGGGGCUUUGAAUGAGAUGGAGUUUUGCACUCUCAUGUUUAGGUUGAGCCCUGGAUUGAUGGAAUCUUCAAGAGAUUUGUUGGAGGAAGCCAUUGUUACUGAAUUUUAGCUGCCUUCCACCCCCACCAAAAAAAAAAAAAAAAACCAAAAAAAGCUGUUCUGUUCUUGUUCUAGGUCAUCUUCUCUGUUCUUACUUGAGUUCUGGUCGGAUUGGAUUCUGUGUUGUUGAGGAAGCUAUUUGUUAGUGAAAUGUAGGCCCGUUGUAACCAACAAAAAAAAAAAAAAAAAUGUACUCUCUCUCUCUCUGUUCUUCUAGUGCA